GAGGGACAUUCAGUUAUCCAUUCACUUGGGGUCAGAGCAGCAGCUAACAAAAACCUUUUGAUCAUCUCUGAUAUUUGGAUUCUUCCUUUUUUUAACUUGAAACCACUGAAGGUUCUAAAGAAUGAGAAAUGGCUUCAUUUCCAGCCUUGAUGUUCUUCCUAUUAUUUACAACCUUCCUGAAUUCCGGAUGUGAGAGUGGAAAAGUGCUUGUGUACCCAGUAGAUGGGAGCCAUUGGACUAACAUGAUCAAAAUACUGGAAGUGUUGCAUUCAAAGGGCCAUCAAAUCACAAUCUUCCGCUCAUCAAACAGCUGGUACAUUUCUGAAUCUUCCCCUUACUACACCUCCAUCACCAUCCCUCAGGAAAAGCCCCAAAACGUAGAGAGCCAAACCUACAUGACCACCUUCUUGAGGAAGACUUUGGAGGACCGUCAAUACCAAGGUACAUUAUGGGGACUUUUUGAGUUUUACAGAAAUUUUUUUAACUUAAUACAAGGAAACCAGCAGGUUGUGGCAAAUCUGGCUGCAAGCAUAAUUGAGAACAAGACUUUGGUAAAGGAACUGAACCAAACCAAGUAUGAUGUUUUUCUAACGGACCCCGUGUUUCCAGCUGGAGUGCUGUUGGCGCAUCAUCUAAAGCUUCCACUGGUGUUAAAUGUACGCUGGAUUUUAGGUGGGGAUGCUCAUUAUCCUAUAGCACCUUCCCCACUGUCAUACAUCCCAGUUUUGUUCUCUCACAACACUGACAAAAUGAGCUUUUUUCAAAGAGUCAAAAAUGUAUUCUGUAAAGGCAUGUUGGUCUAUCUUUAUUACUAUAUCUCUAACCCCCCAUACCAGGCACUGUGUGAUCGUUACUUUGAACAUAAUGUUAACGUCAUGUCCUUGAUGCAAGGAGCGGAUCUUUGGUUAAUGCGAACUGACUUUACAUUUGACUUCCCUCGCCCCACUAUGCCCAAUAUUAUCUACAUUGGAGGCUUCCAGUGUAAGCCUGCCAACCCCCUUCCAGCAGAUCUAGAGGACUUUAUGCAAAGCUCUGGGGAGCAUGGGGUGAUCCUCAUGACUCUCGGAACCUUGCUCAGUGACCUCGGCCCUAAAGUGUCAGAAAUCUUUGCUGCAGCUUUUGCAAACUUGCCACAGAAGGUCUUAUGGAGGCACAUUGGAGAAAUACCAGCCACCCUCGGGAGUAACACAAUGCUGGUCAAAUGGCUGCCUCAGAAUGAUAUUCUUGGCCAUCCUAAAACCAGGCUCUUUGUCACACACGGGGGCACCAAUGGCCUUUAUGAGGCAAUUUUUCAAGGUGUACCAAUCUUAGGUAUUCCCCUAAUCUUUGACCAGCAUGAUAACUUGGUGCGUAUGGAGGCCCAUGGCGUGGCCGAAAUCAUUGACAUAACAACAAUGGAUGUCCAGUCUCUGACAAACUCUCUAAAGGAUCUUCUGGACCCAACAAAACCCUACAAGCUGAACAUGAUAAAACUGUCCCGGAUUUAUCGCGAUCAACCAAUAAAACCCAUGGACAAGGCUGUUUUCUGGAUAGAGUUUGUCAUGAGGCACAAGGGUGCUGGCCACCUUCGCACAGAGUCAUAUCAACUGCCGUGGUAUGCCUACCAAUGUUUAGAUGUGAUGGCAGUCUUUGGAGCAGUUGGAUUGUUUAUCUUCACAUUUAUCUGGAUUUCCUGCAGAUGUAUGUUUAGAUGCCUGACAAGAAUGAAGAAGUCCAAGGUAGAAUAGAUGAUUAACAAAAAUGAAACAUUUUUAUAAUCAUGCUAUAAUAACCACUGAUGUUAUUGUAACUCUGAAUAGUCUGAAUACUCUUAAAUAUUAUUAUUAUUAAAUGUAAUGGCUAAAUAGAAAUACAAUCAAAAUUUAAAGGUAAAGCAAGUAUAAAAAAAGUUAGAUUUGGUCCUUUGUUUAUUGUAAUUACUGCCUAAUCAAUCUGGAUCAAAAUGUGGCUGCUCCGUGGCACAGUGAUAAGCCCUUUUGCCUCACAGCAAGAAGGCCCCCGGUUCUCAGAUGGCGGCGCGUCCAGACGCAGCGGCUUGCAGCUCUUGUAUUGGGAUGUUACUUUUGUGUUUUUUGUGUUGAUUUUUGUGCUCCUCUGCACACGCAAACAACCACUACAGCCGACAGAAGCUUCUGGACAUCGGUUCCACAUUGCAUCUAACCGUCACGGAAGAGUUUCGCCGCACACACGGCAUCCACAUGGAAAUAGCGAGACCAGCGGGUGCCCCCUGGUUUGUUUUUGCUGUGACGGCAGGAGACGGAGGAGAGACAGAAAGCAGAAGCGGGGCUGCCGCUCAGGCCUGCUGGAAAGACUGAGGAAAACCCCCCAUAAGCCUCCUCUUCCAAGUAUGUCCCUUGCCAAUGCACAAUCCCUGAACAACAAAAUGGACGAGCUGGAACUACUCAUGGAUGGAAACUGCCAUGUCUGUGACUGCUGCGUGCUGGUUAUAUCAGAAUCCUGGCUACACCAGCAGAUUUCCGACGCGGCUAUCCAGCUAACUAGCCGCAUUGUUCACCGCGGGACCGGAACAAAGAACCCUCGGGUGAGAGCAGAGGGGGAGGCCUCUGCUCAACAAGAACUGUGUGGAGAGGGUCCACAGCUUCACCCUCCUGGGCCCCACCAUCUCGGCUGACCUCACAUUGUCUAACAACACCAUGGCUUUCAUCAGGAAUGCACAGCAGCGCCUGUACUUCCUGAGAAGGCUCAGGAAUAACAAGAUGAGCCAGGAGCUGCUGGUAACCUUCUACCGCUCAACCAUCGAGAGCAUUCUGCAUCACAGUGUGGUUUUCCCACUGCACUGAAGCAGAACAGCAGAGCCUCCAGAGAGUGGUAAAGACAGUGCAAAGGAUCAUCGGCUGCCCUCUCCCCUCACUGAGGGACAUCUACCAGUCACGCUGCCUCAGCAGGGUGACUAACAUCACCACUGACUCCACUCAUUCUGCUUUCCCUCUGUCUGAUCUGCUGCCCCCUCUGGAAAGAGGUACAGGUCCAUCAGAACCAGGACGAACAGACUGAGGAACAGCUUUUCUUCCACAGGCAAUCACCAUACAAUUUAGGUGUGAGUGUAAGAGUGAAUGGGUGUGUGAUUGUGGACAUUCUACCCUGCGACAGACUGGCAACCUGUCCAGGGCGUUCCCUGCCUUCGCCCACAAGUGGCAGGGAUAGGCUCCAGCAGCCCUGUGACCCCGAAAUAGACAAAACGGAAUAGAAAAUGAAUGAAUUAAUGAUUCACCAUACAGAAUACACACACUACCACCAAUAACACCUCACUCUGACUUUUUACAAAUGCUACAUUACUGACUACACAGGUGUGCAAUAACUGACUUCUGUGCAAUAACACACAAUAUCUAUGCUGCGCUCAUGGCAACUCAACUCAUUCUAUUCUAUUUUUUCUCAAGUAUUUAAUAUUCAAUUGUUUCUGUACAUAUUGCACUUUUUUGUUUAGACAUGUGAGUUACAGUAUUUUCAUUUUUUAUUUUAUUCUAUUUUAUUUUAUUCACAACUCCAAGAAAAGGAUUCAGAUUCAUAGUCCUGGCUGGGGGACUUGAAACAGACCAUCAAUGGGGGACUUUUCUGUGUGGAGUUUGCAUGUUCUCCCCGUGUAUGCAUGGGUUUUCUCCGGAGUCUCCGUCUUCCUCCCACCGUCCAAAAACAUGCUUCACAGGUGAAAUGGCAACUCUAAAUUGUCCCUAGGUGUGAGGGUGAGCGUGCAUGGAUGUGUGAUUGAGGUCCUGCGACAGAUUUGCGACCUGUCCAGGGUGUCCCCUGCCUCGCCCACAAGUGGCCAGGUUAGGCUCCGGCUGUCAUGAUUGCAGCUGCCAGCUGAAUUCCCCCCUCCUCCUUCUGUGCACUCACCAGGCUUCUCAGCUAUUUUAAAUUAGUGUUCAAUUAUUUAAGGUUCUGUCUUUGUAUUUCUGUUGUCGCAAUGUCCUGUUUAGUCCUGUCAGUUAUCUCUUGUUUUUGUCUCACAUGUGUGGAGUAUUUUUGGUUAUUAAACCUUUGGCUUCCAAACUC